GUGAAUCAUCAUCCGGAUUCAGCAGCUCCACAUCAGUGACUGGGCUGGUUACAGUGUGUCACGUGAUUUGACAGAAAAAGCAGCGAUGGAGAAAAGCUAAGGAAGGUAUCUGCCCUGGUAGUGGCUUCCUCUUUACCCAGAGUGCUUGUGGAAUGGCAGCAGUUUGGCAGCAGGUGUUGGCAGUGGACGCAAGGUACAAUGCUUACCGCACGCCUACCUUCCCACAGUUCCGAACUCAGUACAUCCGCCGACGCAGCCAGCUGCUCAGAGAGAACGCCAAGUGUGGCUUUGAGCCAGGGCUGCGCAGGCAGUACCUGAAGCUGCGCAGUCAGCUGCUGGCCCUGCGCUACGGGCCCCUGUCUGAGCAGAGCAGCUUCAGGGCCAGCAGUGUGCGCAGCUCCCGCACCACACUGGACCGAAUGGAGGACUUUGAGGAGGACCCCCGUGCCCAAGGGGCUCGUGGUCAUCGCCGGUCUGUCAGUAGAGGCUCGUACCAGCUACAGGCCCAGAUGAACAGAGCCGUCUACGAUGAGAGGCCUCCGGGCAGUUUGGUGCCCACCUCAGUGGCAGAGGCCAGUCGUGCCAUGGCAGGAGACACAACAUUGAGUGAAAAUUAUGCUUUUGCUGGCAUGCACCACAUAUUUGAUCAACAUGUCGACUCUGCUGUUCCACGUUUGCAGUUUGCCAAUGAUGACAAGCACCUCCUUGCUUGCUGCUCACUGGACGGCACUCUGUCCAUUAUGACACUCUCACCACCUCCUCCCAGUGUGAAGGUGACCCUAAAAGGUCAUGGAGGUCCAGUUACAGACUUUGCCUGGUCUCUGAGCAAUGACAUCAUUGUGUCGACAUCGCUGGACGGGACACUCCGUAUUUGGAAUACAGAGGAUGGCCGGUGCAUCCGAGAGGUCAGAGACCCAGAAUCCAGCGAGUUGCUCUGCUGCACCUUCCAACCCAUGAAUAAUAACCUUACUGUGGUGGGAAACAGCAAGCACCACCUGCAGGUGGUGAACAUCUCCACUGGGAAGAAGGUGAAGGGGGGCUCCAGUAAGCUGACAGGCCGCGUGCUGUCUCUCUCCUUUGAUGCUCCAGGGAAGAUCCUUUGGGCCGGUGAUGACAGGGGGAGCAUCUUCUCUUUCCUCUUUGACAUGGCCACAGGGAAGCUUACUAAAGCCAAGCGUCUGGUGGUGAGUGAAGGCAGCUCUAUCUGCAGCAUAUCCGCUCGUUCCUGGAUUAGCCGAGAGGCCAGAGACCCCUCGCUGCUGGUUAACGCCUGUGUCAAUAAGCUGCUGCUGUACAGGGUGGUAGACAACGAGGGAACACUACAGCUGAAGAGAAGCUUCCCCAUCCAGCAUGGAUCCCAGCUCGUUCAUAGCAUCUUCUGCCCCCUCAUGUCUUUCAGACAGGGGGCCUGUGUGGUGACUGGCAGCGAGGAUGGCUGCGUCUACUUCUUCGAUGUCGAGCGCAACACCAAGGCGAUAGUAAACAAGCUGCAGGGUCAUGGGGGUCCAGUGUUGGAUGUCAGCUUCAACUGCGACGAGAGUUUACUUGCAUCUGCUGAUUCCACCGGCAUGGUUAUCAUCUGGAGGCGUGAGCAAAAGUGACUGAUCCACUAAUGAAAAAAACCAUGUUAAAAAUAAAAAAAAGCUUCCAUCCACUGCAUAUAAAAAGCCUGCUGCUCCUUAACCGUCCAAUAACAAGUCUUUAGAUUUUCACUGGAAUGUAACAGGCUGCGUCAAAUGUUUAAUGUAAUGAUACUCAAGUGCAAUCAGAACGCCAUGCUGUGUAGGUGGUAGGGAUGUCUUAGAAAUUCAUGGUGUGGGAGGUGGGCUGUGUGUGUCAGUGCUCCUACAGCUGCAGCUGAGAAAUGGCUUUUUCUUUUUUUUUCUUUGGUUUGUAAAGAAUGAACGAGCACUAAUACCAUGCAUGUGUCAUGGCUGACCUCAAGUUGGGUGGAUACGACCUACUUCAUGUGAAGAGAACACAUAAUUUUCCAAAAAAAACAAAACAAAAAACACUUUAUAUCACACUGACAGUCCCUCUGGCAUAGAUCUAGUUCACUAUUUAUGUAACUGUUAUUCAAUCAGUGUAAUCAAGUGUAGUAAAAUGGCCUUAUUUGCUUUCAGUUGCUGUUUUGCAUUUGAGACCAUGUGCAUGAAACUGAAAUCCGGAUCAGGCAGUAGGCAUAUCAAAUCAUGACAAAAAAGAUUAAAGGGUGUUUUUAAGUAUGUGUUUGUACUUAACCUGUAUGUGUGUGUGCGUGUAUACUCGGGUCAAGCUGGUUGCUGAUUCAUUUAAUUUAUUUCACAAAUCCACAAUAAACUAUUGUAAAUGUCA